UACGAAUGCAUUCGCUUUUCGAACUGUUAUAGGCAUGUGUAACCGCAGAGUCGGUACACUAUCAAUCGAUUGUGUUCGUAUAUCGAUUUAAAACUUGGUAUUCUAAAGGUCGGUAAUUAGAGUUUAUUAACAAUUAGUAUAGUUAUGGAUAUAUAAAAAUAAAUUUAGUGUAAUUGCGUGUGUUUGUUUCUAAAAUUUGAACGGAAGUAUAUGCAUAAUAAUAUUUUGGAAAUUUUUUCCACAGAAAUUAUUACACCAGUGAACAAGAGGCUGUCUAUCGGGAUUUGAUUUAUUGAAACAUAUCAAUGAAUUCUAUGAAAAAGGAAUAAUGUUGGGACUGAAUCGCCGUGGUAUUAAUACUGUUACAACAAUGGCGUCUCAAUCAGGAAUGGACGACAGCAAUUGGAAAAACAUAAAUGUAGCGGAAAAUUCGUCACUUUUAAACAAUUCUAACAACUCUAAUUUAAACUCCGAUGGAUCAAAUCAAAGUGGAUUUCCACAAAACAGUAUUACAUAUAAUUCUAGUAACAGUCAAUAUCCACAAGGAGGUUCUAAUACUCCUCAGUAUACGUCUUCGCCUGCCCCGUCUGGUUCUUCGACUCCAGGACCAGUUGUACAACAAGGCAUUGGCGGUUCUUAUACUCAGUCUGCAAGCUCGGGAUCCUUUAAUGGUCCUGUUGGAGGUCCAUUUGGCUCUCCCUCUUCAAAUUUAAAUCAAUUUAAUAGACCAUCAAAUGCGGGAACUCCUUUUAAUUCUGGACAGGGCAGUCACUUUUCUUCGCAAGCAGUUUUUGGAAGCCAAUUCAGCACAUUAUCAACUACUUCUCCAUUUAGUCAUACAGGCAGCCACCCAAUGAUGGGAAGUUCUCAACAAAUAGAUCGUAUGGAGCAAGGCUUUAGAAGGCAUAACUCUUAUUUUAGUCACACUGAACACCGUGUUUUUGAAUUGAAUAAGCGACUUCAGCAACGUACAGAUGAAAGUGAUAACUGUUGGUGGGAUUCCUUCACCACUGAGUUCUUUGAAGAUGAUGCUAGAUUAACAAUAUUAUUUUGUUUAGAAGACGGACCAAAAAGAUAUACUAUUGGACGGACACUAAUACCACGAUUCUUUCGCAGCAUCUAUGAAGGAGGCGUAUCUGACUUGUACUUCCAGCUUAAACAUGCAAAAGAGUCAUUUCAUAAUACAACUAUUACGCUAGAUUGUGACCAAUGUACAGUAAUAACGCAACAUGGUAAGCCAUUUUUUACUAAAGUAUGUGCUGACGCAAGACUUAUACUAGAAUUUGUGUAUGAUGACUAUAUGCGAAUAAGAUCAUGGCACAUGACAAUUAAAGGCCAUAGGGAACUUAUUCCCCGGUCUGUAAUAGGAACAUCGAUACCACCGGACCCAAUGCUAUUAGAUCAAAUAACAAAGAAUAUUACAAGGGCAGGAAUUACAAAUUCCACUUUGAAUUAUCUCCGUUUAUGUGUUAUACUGGAACCAAUGCAAGAAUUAAUGUCUAGGCAUAAAGCAUAUGCACUAAGUCCACGUGAUUGCUUAAAAACUACUUUGUUUCAAAAAUGGCAACGAAUGGUGGCUCCUCCAGGAAAAAAGGAUCCACAAAGACCAGCGAAUAAGAGACGUAAACGGAAAGGAUCUAAUUCUGGAGGAGCGGCAAAUGCAGGCACGCCUCCGGUUACCAAUCAAAAGAGAUCUCCGUCGGGUCCAAAUUUCUCAUUAUCUUCACAAGAUGUAAUGGUUGUAGGUGAACCCACCUUGAUGGGCGGUGAGUUUGGUGAAGAAGAUGAAAGAUUAAUUACAAGACUAGAGAAUACUCAAUAUGAUGGAAGUAAUGCUGUGGAACAUGAAAAUCAUACAGGCUUUGGUCAUGCAGACUCGCCUAUAUCAGGAUCAAAUCCAUGGAAUAUGGAUCGAACGGGAAACAUCCCUUCUAGUCCUAGCAAUGCUUCUGUACAACAAAAUAAUUCUAAUAUAUCUGAAAUAGACAAAAAAAGUCCAAUAGUUUCACAGUAGAUGACUUGGUGUGCCAGUACUUCUAGGAAUAUAUAGGAAAAAUGCAAAAGCUCCCAAUUAAAUAUAAUUUAUGAUUAUUUGGAGUCGAAUUCACACUUAUUUGAGGCACUUAAGGUUUUAGAUUAUAUAACACAUGAAUGAAGGCAAUUUCCAAAUAAUAGAAUACACAUGGAAUAUUGUAUGUAUUUCCCCAUAUUUAUUGUAAUAUAAUGUUAUAAUGCAAUAUAAUAUAGUUUUAAUAUAAUAUAUUUCAAAAUAAUGGGUUUUACAAUGUUGUUAUGGGCAAAUUAUUUAAAGUCUUAAAUUGCCGUUUCGCGUGCAAGACAACUGAAGUAAGUGUUAUAAGUAAUUUAUAUGGUAUAAUAUGGAAAAAAUAAUUUUUAAUGACUGGGCGGAAAAUUUUUUUAAACAUUAAAAUAAUCAUUUGUGUUGAAAAACAUGAAAAAUUGGUAAUAUGCGGCGUUUUCGGUAAUGCAAACUACGCAGUAUGCAUGAUGCAACCAGUUCGAAAAAGAAAACGUGACAUCUUUGCCAAAAUUGACAAUUCGAAAAAGCAUUAUUGACAUAGCUGUUACGCAAAAACGUCAAAACUUGCCACAUGUGAAAAGUAGUUGCCCAAAAAAUUACAUCAACACCAAUUGAGCUAGCUAAAAUGUCAUGGUAAGUUAUUUAUGUUAAAUAUAAUGUUAAUAUAACUGUUUUAUUA